UGCUCAAUUUGCUCUGGUUGUCUUCUCAAUCUUAUCCAACCUUACUUGUCUAAUCCUCCACAGCUCAAAGCAGCAGCAGUAGCAAUGCCAAUGGCAAUGGCAGUGGGUUGUGUCACCGAUAGUAGAUGGAGUAUGUCAUCUCUAAUGUCAGCACUUCCUUCUUCUUCUUCUACUUCUUAUUCACUUUCUCCUACCACCACAUUGAGAUUCCCAUCAUCUAGUUCUCGUGCUCUCAGCCUCUCCCGCCGCCAACCAACACUCCGCCUCCGCUCCUUCUCUGGCCUUUCUCCUUUCAAUCCUCUCCUCUCCCUUGGUUUUUCCGAUGAUUUUGUACGUUUUCCAUCAAUUGAUAAUGGGUCUCGAUUUUUUGCCAUGAGACAUGGCAGAAGAGUUCCUAAGCUUAAUAGGCCUCCUGAUCAGCGCAAGGCACUGCUCAGAGGCCUGACUACACAGCUACUUAAACAUGGAAGAAUCAAAACCACUAGAGCACGAGCAAGUGCUAUGAGGAAAUACGUGGACAAGAUGAUUACUUUGGCCAAGGAUGGUUCUUUACACAAGAGGAGACAAGCUUUAGGCUUCAUCUAUGAGAAGCAGAUAGUGCAUGCCUUGUUUGCAGAGGUACCAGACAGAUAUGGGGAGAGAAAUGGUGGGUAUACCAGAAUUAUUAGGACUCUGCCUAGGCGAGGGGACAAUGCACCCAUGGCUUAUAUUGAACUUGUGUAGGUAUUCUCUUUUUAUUUAGUCUAAUUCGUGAAACGGAAAAUGUUUCAAAUUAUCUGUCUGUAUUUUCUGUGAAUGUUUACUAUUUAGAUAGAGCCAUGCAAGUUUUGUGUUUUGGUUUUCUUAUUUUGUGAUAAUCCUACAUGGUUUGUAGGUGUGCAUUGACACUGCUGAAUUAUUUUAGUUCAAACCUACAUUUUCACACGAA